AGGAGCGGAGAGGGGCGGUCCCUUUCUGGCCCUAACCUCGCCCCGUUGCUUCCGCUGGCCGGAGUUACGACCGCUUUUGCCGGGUCCAGCCUCGGUGGCUGGGGCGUCACGGGACGUUGGGCGCGUGCUGCGGACCGUCCCAGAGCCUGACGCCUCAAGGUUUGGGGGAGGACGAACUAGUUGCUAGCCUUAAGACUGAAAAACGAUAAGUUUGAAAGAAAAAAGGGCUUCACAACGUGCGUAGAAAACUCACCUGGCGGUACUGGACCCAGAAUCCUGUGUGAUGUCAACCAUCUAGAGCUGUUCACUUCAGGAAGAUGACAGAACUUGUCUUUUGUGCUGGGGACAGAACCCAGGACAUCAUACAUGUAAGCCCUUGUUUCUACAUUGAAAUGGCUGAAGUCCGCAGGGUUGGCCACCUGGGACAUCCCACUGAUAAGAGCUACACUUCUUCCCAGGCUGCUGUGACAACUUGGUGGCCCCACCAUGUCCAGGCCUCAGACCCGGGAGCAGGCAGUGGAUUUCGAGGGAGACUCAUCCCUACACAGGAGAGACGAGGAGGGGCCCCAGAGCUCCCACCGCAUGCUGGGCUUCAGUGAUGCUCUGCUCUCCAUCAUUGCCACUGUCAUGAUCCUGCCUGUGACCCACACAGAGAUCUCACCAGAACAGCAAUUUGACAAAAGUAUACAGAAACUUCUAGCAACUAGGAUUGCUGUCUACCUGAUGACAUUUCUAAUUGUAACUGUGGCGUGGGCAGCACAUACCAGAUUGUUCCAGUUUGUUGGGAAAAUAGAUGAUACACUUGCCUUGCUUAACCUGGCCUGCAUGAUGACCAUCACCCUUCUACCCUACACAUUUUCUCUAAUGGUGACGUUUCCUGAUGUGCCCCUGGGCAUCUUCCUGUUCUGCAUGUGUGUGAUUGCCAUUGGAUCUGUGCAGGCACUGAUUGUGGGGUAUGCGUUCCACUUCCCAAACCUGCUGAGUCCACAGAUCCAGCACUCUGCACACAGGGCCCAGUCUCGACGACACAUCCUGCGCCUAGUCCUCCGUGGCCCAGCUCUGUGUUUUGUUGCAGCCAUCUUUUCUCUCUUCUUCUUCCCCUUGUCAUAUGUGCUGAUGGUGGCUGUCAUCUUCCUCCCUCAUAUCAGCAAGGCUACCACCUGGUGCAAAGACAAGCUCACGGGCCACAGGGAGUCUCCAGCUCACAAUGUGGGGCCCUUCAGUAUUGAUCUGCACGCACCUCUCAGCAAAGAGCGGGUGGAAGCUUUCAGUGACGGUGUCUAUGCCAUCGUGGCCACACUCCUCAUCCUGGACAUCUGUGAGGACAACGUUCCGGAUCCCAAGGAUGUCCGAGAGAAAUUCAGUGGCAGCCUUGUGACUGCCCUGGGUGCAUAUGGGCCACAAUUCCUGGCGUACUUUGGCUCCUUCGCCACAGUGGGUCUGCUUUGGUUUGCCCAUCAUUCACUCUUCCUGCAUGUCCGGAAGGCUACACAGACCAUGGGGUUACUCAACAUACUGUCACUGGCCUUUGUGGGCGGCCUCCCUCUGGCCUACCAGCAGACCUCAGCUUUUGCCCGACAACCCCAUGAUGAACUUGAGCGUGUGCGGGUCAGCUGCGCCAUCAUCUUCUUUGCCAGUAUCUUCCAGUUUGCCAUCUGGACUGCAGCCCUGCUGCAUCAGACAGAAACACUGCAGCCAGCUGUGCGAUUUGGUGGGCAGGAGCAUGCUUUCAUGUUUGCCAAGCUUGCACUGUACCCCUGUGCUAGCCUGUUGGCGUUUGCUGCCACCUGCCUGCUGAGCCGCUUCAGCACAACCAUCUUCCACCUCAUGCAGAUUGCAGUGCCCUUUGCCUUCCUACUGCUCCGGCUCCUUGUGCGCCUUGCCCUGGCAGGCCUUCAAGUCCUGUGGGACCUCCGGCCAGAGCACCCUCAAUCAGGCCAGGGUGAACCCGAGGCACAGUCUCAGCUCUUGCCUGCCCCCUGCUAAUGCCAAGGAAGCUACAUCUGCCCAUUCCAGGCGUACCGUAAGGGGUUCUAUGAAGAUGGCUCAGUAGAAGUCUGUGACCUUGGGGCUGUGGUUUUAUUGGCUUGAGUAUUGUGUACAUUGUGAAAUAUCAAGAUCUAUUUCAAGAUUAUGAACAUUGUUCACAUUUUGCAGUAAGGGGUUUCAUGGGAACUAAUUUUAUUGCUUUUACCCAUUUACUUUCCUCCCUUUCCCAACACUGCCACGGGAAGUUACCUUCUGACUAACCUGAAUAAGCUCUUGAGGCUGUCACUGAGGUCAUGUUUGAGGCAGUGGCACCCAGCCAAGAUCAGAGGUCCAUCCCUUUUACUUGCUAUGUCCUGCAUGUGGCCACACAAGCCAUCCUUAUGCUCAGAACCUUCAGGCAGUUGAGUCUGGGCUAAGUCAGGCUGUGAAGUUGCUGUCUGGCUUACGUCCUCACAAGUGCAGAGCUUCCCUGGUGGGACUGACAGUUUCUCUGCCCAUUCCCAUACCAGUUGUUAGACAAAGACAAGAGGCAACUACAGGACA